AUGAAUAGAGCCGACAUAUCCGCAGAGGCUGUACAGGCACCUGUUCCUGAGGUAAUGGUCAGAAUGAGAGUCGAUUGGCAAAAUGUGGACCGUGACCACUACAGCGGCAAUAUGACUGCGAAGAUUCCUCUGGACGCGUCUACGCAAGAACUGUUGAUCGCGGUUCAGAAUGAGUGCAGGAGCUACAGGCAAAGACACUCCGAUGAGCCAUGGAGCGAGUUGGUGAUGGAAGCGACUGUCGAACUUGGAGAUGAUCGAGACACCUACAUAAAUUACAGGACGGACACAGGCAAGCUUCGCUUCGAGAAUAUGCGAGACUUGUUUCCAGAUGACGGCGUCACGACUCUUGACGUGGAAAUCGCAAUCAAACCUCAGCGGGAAGCUCACCAAAACCUUCUGACGGCCGAAGGAGAGUUGCCCAUCUGCAAGCACCACAGAAUCGCCACAGAACCCCGAUUUCCAGCGUCCGCCAUAAGUCAGCAUUCGCAGAUGGUCGAAACAUACCUCAUAGCCUUUCCGAGAUCAGCUCUGUACCCCAACGAAUACAGUAUGCGUCUCAUAUCCUAUCGAGAAAUCAACGGCAUCCUAAUCGGGUCCUGCGAAGCCGACCGGAGUGUUCGUGAGGCUCUUGGAGACCUCUUCGACCCCAACACCCGUCAAUUAUGGCUCGACACUGAGUCUUUCAAGGAGCCUUACAGGACUUCGUUCACGACAGGCGUGCCUAAAAAUCUUGAUGAUCGACUCAAAGAAUACAUCGCUACAGCACGACACGAACCGGGAGAGGAGGACGACAUCCCUGUUCUGCCAAGCAUGACAUUCCAGCACUUCACUCCGAAAACAAAACUUGGAAAUCUCCAGAUCGAGAAAAUCCAUCUCGCAGUCCGUUUCGUCAGUAGAUUUGAGGCGCCAGAACUCGAGGCAAUUGUGCUGCCGUCGGAUGUCCUGGCCAAUAUUCCCCUUGAGCUCGACUCGGGGAAAUCAGUGAGAGGAAUCCUUGUGGAAGUGCUUGUGGUUAAGACAAGAGAAACCAGGCUGGCCUAUCCCAAAGCGGUCUUGUUUGAUGAUGUUCCGGAGAGCUGGCAUUUGGAUUUAUUUCCCAGCAUUCUUCAAGAGGAUGAGAGAGACAUCUAUGUCAACUACAGGGACGCUUUCGGGCUAUUUCGUUUCGAGCUAGUGCGCGAUAUGUUGCGUAAGACUCCGAAUGGCCAUUUCAUCGACAUCUUGGUCGACAUUCUCAUUGUGCCCGAGAAUGCAGCACCACAGGCGCGCAAGGAAGGAGCUUUCACUGCAGACGGUGAAACUCGGGAUUGCAAACACAGGAUCGCUGUCGAGAAAAGAGAGACCGGAAAUGGAGAAUCGCAACAUAAGCCGAUGGUCCGUUCGCUCAUAGCCGUCAGCAGUCUCGUCGUCGACCUCGAGUCACUCGAACUGAUCAGAUUCUGCGAGAUCUAUCAGCGUGAUAAUGUCAACAACGAUCUGGUCGGCUCUUGUGAUGGCGAGAACGAGUAUACCAUCGACGAGAUCCUCGAUAAUCAGAAGAGACCAGAAUGGCUGAAGGUCACGAACUUCGAGCGGAAAUACCAGUUUGCUUACCACAAGAGGGAUCGGAAAGCCCUAAUUUGUCAGAUCCUACUGGACAUGGUGCUGAAACGUCAAUUGUUCAAUGAAUGCGACGAUGUUCCGGACGUACCAUUCAUGACCUUCCAGCCAUUCAAGCCAAAACCCGGCGUAGAGAGCCUGGAAGUCAGUGAUAUCCACAUCGCCGUUCGUUUCGUAAACAAGCUCUCGUUACUCGAACUGGAUUCCCUGAAGCUACCAAUGGACGUAUUGGCCAUUAUUCCCGCGAAAGAUGACUCUGCGCAAGCAGUUUGUGAUCUUCUUCUGAGCAAACUAGAGGAGACUGCGCUUACCCGUCCGCUGUUUCUGCCCAAAGUUCGAGUGGCAUGGUGCUUGGAGCUAUGGGUUCUGCCGCAGGGUGCGAGUCCGUUUCCGCCUUUCGAAAAGCUACACCGCUUCCGAGAUGAGCAGGAGAGCGAGGGGGGUCAGAUGAAUAGGAAGAAGGGAAAGAAGUCGCCGAAACACGGCCUGAAGAUGUAUCUGGACCCGGACAAGGCUCGGAAAGGUGACAGGAGACUUUUUGUUGAGGCUCACUUCGUUUGCCGAGAUUCGGAAGGGGAUUCGAUGACGGCAUGA